AUAAAACACGCAUGGUAAAUCUACAUCGUUAAAGUGUUAACGGUGCUAUAGGACUUGAAUAACCAUACAUCAGUGUAAAAAUUACGACAAUGAAAUUCCUAAUCGCAAUAUUUUCCGCGAUAUUAUUAUUUAAAACGAUCGAAUGCACUUGCGAUCAAGACUUAACGGUGAUAGUUUCCUUUGAAAGUUUGCACAAGUUGAGUAUAUGGUUUUUUAAAAAUCAAUUCGCUCCCGUGUACGAAGAAUUGACAAAGUGUGUGAAAUGGCAUUUUAUUCCAUGUUCAACUACUCAAAUCGUCGACCAAGUAAAGAAUUGCGACAAAGAUGAUCUAACUCAAUGUAACCUUGAUGCAAUGCACGCAUGUGCCGCUCAUAUCUACGAAGAUCAUCAAUAUGAACUUGGAAAGUUUUUCAUAUGCAUGAUGACCGAUGCAGAAGCAUACUGCAACGCAGAUCAGUGCGCCAAAAAUGCAGGUCUGGAAUGGGAAAAGAUAAAGAAGUGUAAACCAUCUACAGAUGCUGCAGAGUAUUGUUUAAACAGAUGGAAUCAGUUGAACAUUUUACAUGUAGUUCAUGUUCCAGGAGUAUUCUUUAAUUGGAGAUAUAAUCAAUCAGUGGACGAACAUAUUUUUAAGAAUUUCAAAACCCAUGUUUGCGAACGUUUACAAAAGAUGGGUAAAACUUGUGAUGCAUGUCCACCUUGUUCUGCUCCUCCUAGUUCCACCACUCCUAAUGGGCAAAAUAGUCCCUAAAGUAACGAAAAAUAUCAUUCAUGCAUGAUUAAGUUUUAUUCAAGUUUGAAUAUUUUCAAUUUUAUUUGUCGAUUUAUAAAAUAAUACAUACCUACGCAUACGCAAUA